UGGGCCUCCUGUCACCUGUCAUCCAACCCCCAACUGAGCUCAGGCUUCCGUCACCUCCUUGCAUUUCUCACUGAACAGCAAGCAGAAUCACAGACCGUAGAUCUGUUCAUUACAGAGCUACAGUUCAACUGAAAACGCCCUUCAGCUGGUGAAUAUAGUCCACCAGGCUAGAGCGUGAGAUAUACCGUGUCACUAGUCAAAGGUGAUGGCGGAUCCCGCGAACUCAACGCUGGGAGGAAUGCUCUUGAAUGAGAUCACUCCGGCUGUCAUGGUCCUUCGCACCCCCCUCGUCGAAGAAUCAUGCCAGAAAAAUGAAAUCUCACUCAUUGAAAUGCUCAGUCCUUUUUGCAAUUUCAAUAAUAUUGACGUGCCAGUGAGGACCGCAAGUGAUCAAGCUUACAGGUUGAAAAAGUUUAAGUUGCGGUUGUUUUAUUCCCCAGAUAUUCGGCAGCCCAAUGUAGAGGUUGCAAAGGAGCGACUAAAGCAAGUUAUAACUCAUGCCGGGGAGGGAGAUCUUUCAGAUUUCUGCACAGACCCUCCACAUAUUGAGGCUGUACUAAAUUCCUCUCAACUUGAGUUCGUGCCAUCAUGGUUUCAGUUUUUUAACAGAGAGCUAGUGCGCUCAGUAUCUUUCUCAGAGCAUGAAGCUUUUGACCAUCCUGUGGCAUGUAUUUUGGCCGUUUCUUCUAAGGAUGAAGAUCCAAUCAAUAAACUUGUUGACCUUUUCAACACUAAUCAGUUGCCGCCACUCCUGAAUGAUGGUUCCAUGGACCCAAAUAUUCUCAAGCACUUUGUAUUGGUGCACAACAACCAAGAUGGCCCACCAGAAAAAGCAACCAAAAUCCUGGCAGACAUGAGGGUCACAUUUGGGGUAAAUGAUUGCCAUUUGUUGUGCAUUAACUCUUCAGCUGAUGGAACAGCAGACCACCAAGUAAAUUUAUGGGCUUCUAUUAAAAAUGCUACCGCAAGUAGCCAAAAACCAUGUAGCUUUCUCAGCCUUGAUGACAUAGAGGAGUUGAAAACUUUUAUGCACGGCCUGUCAUCCAAACAUAUAAUCCCUCAUAUGGAACAAAAAAUUCGUAAUCUUAAUCAACAGGUUUCUGCAACACGAAAAGGGUUUAGAAACCAAAUAAAAAACUUGUGGUGGAGAAAAGGCAAAGAUGAUACAGCUGAAAAUCAGAGCAGCUCAAUGUAUACUUUCAGCUCCACAGAAUCACAAAUUAGGGUUCUGGCUGACUAUGCUUUCAUGUUACAUGAUUAUGAACUUGCAUUGUCGAACUAUCGGCUACUCUCCACAGAUUAUAAGCUUGAUAAAGCGUGGAAACACUAUGCUGGAGUGCAGGAGAUGAUGGGACUGACUUACUUCAUGCUAGAUCAAUCUAGAAAGGAUGCUGAAUAUUGCAUGGAGAAUGCAUUUACUGCAUAUAUUAAACUUGGCCCAUCAGGUCAAAGAAAUGCUACACGGUGUGGUCUGUGGUGGGUUGAAAUGUUAAAAUCAAGAGAUGAGUUUAAAGAGGCUGCCAUCGUUUAUUUUAGAAUCUCUGGUGAGGAACCUCUGCAUUCGGCUGUAUUGCUUGAGCAAUCAUCUUACUGUUACUUGUUUUGUACCCCACCAAUGCUACGCAAGUAUGGCUUCCAUCUCAUACUUUCUGGUGACUUGUACAACCAAUGUGAUCAGAUAAAGCAUGCAAUACGAACGUAUAGAGGUGCUCUUUCUGUUUUUGAAGGAACUUCGUGGAGUCGUAUUAGAGAUCAUGUUCAUUUCAACAUAGGAAAGUGGUUUGCGUUCCUUGGAGCAUAUGACAUGGCAAUUAAGAACAUGUUAGAAGUCCUAUCAUGUGGUCAUCAGUCCAAGACGACACAAGAGUUAUUUCUCAGGGACUUUUUUCAAAUAGUUCAGAAAACAGGGAAAACCUUUGAGGUUCCAACGCUUAAGCUACCUGUGAUCAACAUCCCUUCAAUCAGAGUUGUGUUUGAAGAUCAUCGUACUUAUGCAUCACAUGCAGCUGCCAUUGUCAAUGAAAGUGUGUGGCAGUCAUUGGAGGAGGAAAUGGUUCCAACAUUCUCCACAAGUAAGAGUAAUUGGCUGGAACUGCAGUCCAAGAUUUUGCCGAAGAAGGGUAAAGAUUCAAACAUCUGUGUUGCCGGAGAGGCAAUCAUGGUAGAUGUUGAAUUUAAGAACCCACUCCUCAUACCUAUUUCAGUAUCCAAUGUUUCCCUCAUCUGCGAACACUCUGCCAAAAGUGAUGCAGCUGCCUCUGAUGUAACAAAUUCAAAUAGUGUUCAGUAUGACAAGGAUUCAACCAUCCCGACGGUUAGUGGGGACUUCAACUCUGUUGCAUCUUCAUAUACAUUGUCUGAGGUCGAUACUGUUCUGGGAGGAGGUGAAACUACAGUGGUACAACUAAAUGUUACUCCAAAAUCAGAAGGCACUCUGAAAAUAGUGGGUGUGCGGUGGAAGUUAUCUGGUUAUGUGGCUGGUUUUCUUGAAUUCGCUACUGAUUUAAGCAGGAAAAGGGUCAGAAAAACUAAAACAAACUCCAAACGUAGUUUGACUAAUAAUCUGCAGUUCGUAGUGAUCAAGAGUCUACCCAGACUUAAAGCCUUCAUUGACCCGCUACCUAAAGCACUUUAUGUGGGAGAUUUGCGACCUAUCACUUUAGAACUGAGAAAUUCAUGCGGAAUUCCCGUGAAGAAUUUAAAGAUGAAGGUGAGUCCUCCAAGAUUUCUACAAAUAGGUCAUAAGGAUUCUAGAAGCAUGGAAUUUCCUGCUUGCUUAGAGAAGGAGACAGAAUCCACUCAAAAUUAUAUCCAAUCACAGACCACAAAAGCAUCAGAUGGUGUUUUUGUGUUUCCAGAGGACAUGGUAAUUAUUGAGGGAUCACCGUCCUUGUGGAAUAUCUGGCUUAGAGCUGCAGCUCCUGGAAACAUUUCAUUAUAUAUAACAUUGUACUAUGAAAUAGAAGAUAUGACGAGUGUUAUGAAAUAUCGUACCUUACGCAUUCAAUUUAAUCUGAAGGUGCUUCCUUCAUUAGACAUGUCAUUCCACAUAAAUCCCCGCCCUGCCAAAACGCAAGAACUACUUGUGCGCAUGGACAUUGUCAAUAAGACUAGUGGAGAGAGUUUUCAGGUUCAUCAACUAUCAUCUGUCGGAAAUAAGUGGGAGAUGUCAUUGGUUGAACCGAUGAAUAAUGUUGUCUCCGCAGGUCAUCUAAUUGCUGGCCAAGCCGUGUCUUACUAUUUAAAGCUCAAGAAUUGCAGGAAGCCUGUUGGUGAAAAAGAGAUGGCUCCUUCCAAAGGAGCUGAUGUGAAACUUAACCGUGCCAGUAAUGAAUUACUUCUUGAUGUCCACCGUUCACCAUUAUUUGAAUUUCACAAUUGUGAAAGGUUUCAUCAUGGAACACCUGACCAGGAGCAUCAAGAUACGGUUGAUUUCAUAUUGAUAUGUCGGCAGAGAGAGAGUGAUGAUAAUUCAGAGAAAAGCUCUCUGAAUGUUUUCACUCACCAUGCUUGUCAUUGCAGAAUGAACACCACAAGCCCAAUAUGGUGGCUGCUGGAUGGCCCUUCGACAGUAACCCACAACUUCACUUCUGCGUUCUUCUGCGAAAUAAAGCUGAAGAUGACUGUUCAUAACUCCUCAGAUACCCACCAUGUAUCGGUCCAGGUUAGUCCUGCAGAUUUUCCUGCCAAUCCCUCCAACACAGUAAGCAGUAGUGAAGUGGGUUGGCAUGAGUUGGGUCCAGACCUAGUGACUCGGGCUGGUUUGAAGACACAUUCAGAGUGGGCUGUUACUUCCAUGCCAUGUGUCUGGUCAGGUUCAAGUUGGACUCAUUUUAGUCUUGACCCGUUGUCCUCUAUUGAAAUCCCUCUUCACAUAAGCAUUUUUUCUCCGGGGACAUAUGAUCUGUCAAACUACUCGCUACACUGGAGCAGUCUCUCAUCUUCCCCUGCAGGCAAUGACAGAAAUUUAUCGAAACCGUCCUCCGGGACAUGCCGAGGGCAUCCAUACUUUAUAACGGUUCUACCACAACAAGAUUCAUCCACCUGAACUUGUCCCCCCUACCACACAGUAAGAGUGCAGAGAGAUGUAUGCUAUAAUUUUGCACAAUGUUUUAUUAUUUGUACAUACACUGAUACACCCACAGAAAUUAAAGUAUUAGAGUAGAAGAAACAAUUCUUUUGACCAUAAUGGGGAACAUUUUCUCUUCAUUUCCUGGACUAGUUCCCAUUUGUGGGAAAGCAUACCUACAGCUUGUGUUGAAUUCAUUCUUUAUGUGCUGUACUUUUUUAAAUCAUAAAAGGAAAGGUUGCGG